UUUCCGGAUUGAGGCGGUUCAAAGACAAGGAAACUGCUUCUCUUCCGAUCCUGCUCUGCUGGUCCCUGGCACGCGCAACAGGCACCAUCACGGGCAGCCUCGCGUCAUCCUUCCCCGCGGGCGCGAGGCGUGCGGAGGCCCAGAGAGCUCGCUCUACGGAGCGCGAGAACGGCCAAGCGCUGGGGUCGGCGAGGUCCUGGGAGGCCCCUGCCUCCCCGGGGCCCUCGGAACGCCAGCUUUAAUCUUUACCAUAUCGUGUGGUAAUCCCCGUCGUCCCCACCUAACUGGGCCUCCCUGAGUGGCACGCUUUCUCCCGUCUCUUGUGAUGGCCCUCCAGGAAGUACAGGACACGCAUCCACCUGGCUUUCCAGAGAACAGCUUUUUGUACUGAUAUCGGCAGCUUCCAUGAACUUAGGUUCUAUGAUGUCCUACUCUAUCCUUGGACCCUUUUUCCCCAAGGAGGCUGAAAAGAAAAAAGCCAGCAAUACAGUUAUUGGUAUGAUAUUUGGAUGUUAUGCUGUGACUGAAUUGCUGGCAUCUUUGGUAUUUGGAAAAUAUCUUGUACAUAUUGGAGCAAAAUUUAUGUUUGUAGCAGGAGUGUUUGUCUCAGGAGGAGUUACAAUUCUCUUUGGUUUAUUGGACCAAGUUCCAGAAGGACCAAUAUUUAUUGCCAUGUGUUUUCUGGUGAGAGUAGCAGAUGCAAUAAGCUUUGCUGCAGCAAUAACUGCAUCCUUUUCUAUCCUCGCAAAGGCUUUUCCCAAUAAUGUGGCCACGGUAUUGGGAAGUCUUGAGGUUUUUUCUGGACUGGGACUAGUGCUAGGGCCUCCUAUAGGUGGCUUCUUGUAUCAAUCCUUUGGCUAUGAGGUGCCUUUUAUUUGUCUGGGAUGCAUAAUUUUGCUCAUGGUACCACUCAUCAUGUGUAUUCUACCUAAUUAUGAGUCUAAUCCAGGUGAGCAAUCAUUCUGGAAACUCGUCACUCUACCCAAGGUCACCGUCUUAACCUUUGUCAUCAACUCAGUCAGUGCAUGUUUUGGCUUCCUUGACUGUACCCUGUCUCUCUUUGUUUUGAAGAAGUUUAAUUUACCAGCUGGAUAUGUGGGACUGGUCUUCCUGGGUUUGGCACUGUCGUAUGCCAUUUCUUCACCACUCUUUGGUCUACUAAGUGAUAAAAUGCCACGUCUAAGGAAAUGGUUUGUGGUUUUGGGAAACUUCAUCACAGCAGGCUGCUACAUGCUGUUAGGACCUGUCCCAGUCUUGCACAUUAAAAGUCAGCUUUGGCUGUUGGUGCUGAUAUUAGUCAUCAAUGGCAUCUCUGCUGGCAUGACUAUAAUUCCAACUUUUCCGGAGAUUCUCAGUUGUGCAUAUGAAAAUGGAUUUGAAGAAGGAUUAAGUACAUUGGCACUGGUGUCAGGUCUCUUCAGUGCAAUGUGGUCAGUUGGUGCUUUUAUGGGGCCAAUACUGGGUGGAUUUCUGUAUGAGAAAAUUGGUUUUGAAUGGGCAGCAGCUGUACAAGGUCUGUGGGCUCUGACAAGUGGAUUAACGAUGGGCUUGUUUUAUCUCCUGGAGUCCUCAAGGAGAAGAAGAGCGAAAAUUCACAAUACCCUUGGCACAGAGGAGGAACGAACUGCUCUCUUAUCUGAUGAAAUCUCAUCUUGAGCAUCUGGGAUUGAUACAAGAUUUGGAGAUGGAUGCGCCUUGCCUUGAACAUUAAAGUGGGAAAGUUUGAAAACUUUUCUUAAUUUUAUGCACAGAACUUCAUGAACCCUACACCAGCAUCCUGGAAGUGUCCACAUGUUUUUGGAUGAUCUGUGUUGGGCUGUACUUAACUAUGCGCUUCAAAUCUGUCUUGCGGAACAAGGCAGAUUAGAAGCAUUCAUUUGAGAGGAGUGGUUGAAAAUCAGAAAAAGUAUGUGUUUUUAAGUGACCAUACUGAGACUUGAAAAUAUUAUUGACUCUAGGUCUCCUGUUUCCUCUGUUUACUUUUUUUUCCUAAAUGCACUGAUUCUAUGAAUGUAUUUUUAUAUUAACAGGGAAAGAAAUUACAUGCAUAAUGGAAAGAAUGGAUAUGGUUAAAAUAAUAUAAAGAUGACUCAGUAUAUGUAGAACAAUAACUGUGAAAUCAGUUUUUAGUAGCUAUGCAUUAUCUGUGUCCUGAGAUUUCUGUUCUUGUUGAAAGGCAAAAUUCCUGCCUACUACAUAAAAACUCUAACAAAUUUCCUGGCCCUCAGCUCUCCUAAAAAUGUUGUUUGUAUAGAAGGUACAAAAGUAACAUUACUUGAGACUUUAAUUUUUGUAAUAUACUUUCAGUUAUGAUCUGGAUUUAUAAACAAUGCUUGGUAUAACAUU